AGUAGAAAUGACCUGACGCAAUGUGACAACGAUAUAAUCGGAUAUUGUUUACUAGUUGAAAUUUUUUGAAUGAGAUAAAGGAUGUUUUCCUCUUUCCAACAGAACAUUCGGGAGCUGAGACGAUCUCCUUUCUUUAACAAGGGAUUGCCUUUGAUGCUUUUUGUACUGACAGGUGCAGCAAUAUUGGUUCAGACACAAAAACUUGUCUACAGAAAAAGAGACAAAAAGAAGUCGUCACUUCUGUCAGAUAGAGAAACCCAGAAAUUUUUUGAAGAAAUUGGAGAAGUAAAAACAUUACAACAACUUCAAAAAGAAACCCAGAAGCAUGGUCAGCUAGAUAAAUGGGCUAACUUUCGCGGGCCUCGGCCCGAUGAUGAUAACUCCAUGAAAACCUUCAUGAAGAUCAAAGAGGAGGGUGACAAAGAAGCCGCGGCCAAAAACAAACGAUUGAGGAGCAGUGAAGAUUACAAAAAACAACAGGAAGUUAAAAGAAAGUUUUACGAAACGAUUCAACAUCAGCAGGAUAUUGCAAUGAAAAAUAAGUGAAGUUCUUUAAGUAUGAUUGUUAUAUAGUAUUUUAAAAGUGAAGGCUUGUGUGGAACAAAGCUUCAGUUACUUAAGCUGUGUUUCCAUAAUUGCAUUUUUGAAUGUGUGAAAGAUAAUUGAAAACAUUAGAUGUAUACAUGUAUUAUUUGAUUAAAGUGAAAAUAUGGGGUGCACUACAAUCUUUCAUUCAUGUGAAAUACCUUUACAGUAUAAUAUUGUGUAAUGAUGUACCGUCAUUGAGCAAUAUUUUCUUUCAGCUUUCAAUUGUUGACUUUUUUUAGCACUGAAGUGUAUAUCGUAUUUCCAAUGGAAAAGAUAUUUUUUGUAGCACUUGUUUGUUUUAAUGCAAUAUGCAAUAAAAGAUUUCAAAAUACUUAA